AUGACGGAUCCGCUCCGUGUGACGGUCGAGUGCUGGGAGAACCAGCGGUACCACCCAAUGAAGGGGUGGGGGUUUCAUCGCCUGCCAAUGGACCGCAGCACGUGGUCGAACAAGAAGGGGGACACGGUGCUUUGCCGCGACAGCUUUCUCACCCCCAUUGGAUGGGUGUGGUCGUCCGAGUGGGAGGUGGCACCGAACGGAAGUGAGCGCGACGGCUGGUUUUACGCAGCGGAUUUUAGCAUCUCGACGCGCUUCUGCAGCGCCGUGCCUAACGCAGUGAGCUACGUACGGCGACGGCGCUGGGUUCGCACGCGGGUGCAGCUCACAGCUGAUACGGGCGUUGAUUCUGCUCUGUUGGAUGCCUUGAGCCGUUCGUCCUAUUUUCGGGCCGAUCCACGCAUAGUGUGGCUUAGCACCUCCUUCUACGGCUUCUUUGGUGCCUCUGUGAAGGAGCAGCGGGAGAAUCAAGACCGUCAGCAUCUCAGUUGCUAUCGUUUGCAUCGGUUUCUUGAUGUGUCGUGCUGCUACGAGGCAAACGCCGAUGAAGAGGACGCGGGCGAGGAGGAGGGAGUCGGGUGCGGCGUCCCUUCCCACACUCGUCACCCUUCUGUCACGCCAGCCGUGCUGCGCUGCGUCUACCGCUACGGCCUGCCGCAGUGUCUUCGCCCCGCACUAUGGCUUGAGUGGUCGGGAGGCUCAAAUCUGCAGCGUGCAUCGCCGCAUUUGUACGAUGAACUUUUUGGGCGCUUCGACCGUGUGGGUGGACAACCGUUGCAGGAUAUCUUGCAGGACGUCGUGCGAACCGCCCCCCGACACCCUUUUUUUGCGAAAAAGGGAGGCGGCGCGGAGGAGUUGCGCAAUGUGCUGUUUGCACUAGAGCUGGCCUGCGUGCUACCGUCGUAUCAUCAGGCAUUUAGUUAUAUUGUGGCAACGGUUCUCUUGAACCUGCCGGCGCGGGAGGCAUUUUGGGUAGUUACAGCUCUUUUUGUUAGUUUUUUGCCGCCCGGCUACCACGAGCAGUACGCCUUGCAGUACGACCUGCAGUUGUACGACGAGAUUGUGAUGCAGCGAUUCCCAGACCUCCAUGCCCACUUUGCAGUGAAUCGAAUCGAUGUCUCAGUGUUUGCAAGCGGCUGGCUGCAGGGUCUAUUCUGCGCCCACUUUCCCUUCUGCACUGCAGCUCGCGUUCUCGAUGUCCUUUUUGCCGAGGGCGACAGCAGCGCGCUGGUGCGUUUCCUCGUUGCCUUUACCGGCAAGUUCCGCUCGGAGCUGUUGCGGAUGGACAGCAGCGGGUCAGUGGGCUACUUCGCAAACGAGUGGGCCCGCAGCUGCUUUAACGUUGAAGAUGUUGUGCAUGCGAUGGAGAAGGACGGCCUGACGCCGUUUGUUCUCUCGCGCAGGGAGGCCAUCAAGAGUCGAGCGGUGGCAGCCGUCUAG